AUGCAGCAAGACACAGAGAUGAUGGGAACGGAACUGCUGGAAGACUUUCUGCUGACUGGACCAGGCAGCGAAAAUGUGGAAUACGAGCUCGAAAACGACCCUGGAAAGCAUCCAGACGAUGACUUGUUCACCUCGUUCAUCAACACGGAUUUGCUACAGCAGCCACCGUCCAACUAUACCACUCUCAACUCUCAAAACCAGCCCAUUUCGUCGUCAUCUUCAUCAGUGCCCGCCCUAGCCACUUCAGAUCUACUGGGUGGCUUCUCUGGGACCGAAGGACACAGAAAUAACGAGAAAUCGACUAGUCCUUUGGAUCCCCUGACAGCAAUAGACCCCCUGGAAGCAAGGGAUCGCCACCACGCUCUUUACGACACCAAUUUAUCCGAUACCGCAUCGGAACAGCAUCCAAGAAGCUACAGCAGAGGCUGUGAGCGUCUAGUGGACCAUACCUUGCAAUUUGGCAGAUCCAAAUCCAUCCAAACGGCUUACCUCAACCCCAGCGACUUUUUGAACAUCCCAGAAGAUUCCUUGCCCUACAAGCUUUCCGUGUCUGGUAUGCCUUCUACUUCCCGUGUGGAGACUCAGAUCAAAUUAGAGCUAGCAAUCUCCCCACCACCUCGCGAGUAUGUCGUGCACUUGCCCACCGACUGUAUCACCAAGCAAAAAUGGUACCUUGAAGACGACAUUAGCAGCUAUCCUCAGGAAAUACAAAAUGAGAUGCUUUAUCUCGAGAGUUUUUUGGUGUGCGCAUCGAAUGGGAAGCCCACCUACGUUUGCAGCCGCUGCGUGAAACGUGAGCAGCGCAGAGCGUCCAGACGAAAGUCUGGCUUAUGCGACAAUAUGCUUUGGUGUAACAACGAAAACAGGCGUGCGGUGGUAUUCAAUAGCAGACAAGUCUUUUCUAUCAAAGAUCAAAAUUGCAAUAGCCGCUUCAAAAUGUUUGACCUCUCUGCGAGAAUUGUCUGUUAUUGUCGGCAUCAUAAGGAGCCAGAGGGCUUCAAAAUCUUAUUUCUGGUUAGAAAUGCUCGUCAAGAGGUUCUCGCCAAGAGUGUCACAGGCCCAAUCAUGAUCAUGGACAAAAAAUCCAACAAGGAUUCGUCUGACACUGUUUCUAAGCAUGGGUCUGCAAUUGACUUGACCAAUAUAACCGAUGGCUCGCGAAGUGAACGCAGUGAAGUGCCACACGUCACGUCAACAAGUGAUUUGAGUGGUCUGGAAAACUACAAACCGGGGGACGAUUUGAUUCAUUUAGGCGCUAAGGGCGAAAAUAUGCUAUCUCCUACUUCUAUGGGAGGCGACAGCUCCGAAACACACACUACGGACCACAACGCCGUUGAAUUUCCCAGAUUUAGAAGCACACCAGGGUUUUCAGCCUCCAGGAAUGACAUGGCGACAAGCAACAAACGGAAGAGAACUUCUGGCGAAAUGGCGCCCUCGAAUUUCUAUAAUCAAGAUUACGUGAGGCCUUUGCCGGUUUCAAAUUUUGCCAAGCCACCAUCGACAUCGUCGUCUACUCAUUCAAUACCCCAAGUUUUGCAGGAUGCCAAUCCUUCCAGCUCCCUAAUGACGGCAACAAAUAGCAUGCUUCGUGAAAUAUCCGACAUUGCAGGCCAUUCUCCAGUAAUUCGCCCUUUCAUUCAGCGUGUCAUUCCAGCACAAGGCCCAGUAAAGGGCGGCAUAGAAAUCACUUUGCUUGGUAGCAAUUUCAAGCCUGGUAUGAUCGUCAAAUUUGGUGAGAACAAGGCGCUUUCAACCCAGUGUUGGUCCGAAUCAACGCUGGUGACCUAUCUUCCACCUUCUUCCAAAUCAGGGGAAGUUCUAGUAACCGUGUUUGAGAAGGAGGAAAAUGAUGCAGAUCUACUGGGAACAAUGUCCAGUAGUAAAGCUAUUUUCACGUAUGUGGACGAUACUGACAGACAGCUGAUCGAAUUAGCAUUACAAAUUGUUGGUUUGAAGAUGAAUGGGAAGUUGGAGGAUGCACGUAACAUUGCUAAACGGAUAGUUGGCCACGACAGUGGUUCAGCCAACAAUUCGCCCCGUAACGGCGGAAAUAAUGCACCUCAAAAUCAAUACAACACGCAACCAACUCAGCUUCUAUACUCAGACGAAAGUCUUCUGCUGAGGGUUAUCAAAUUACUAAAUUCAAGCUCCAACCUGUCCAUGUGUGACGAGGAAGGUCAGACCAUGUUGCACCUUGCAUGCUUGAAGGGUUAUCAUCAGUUAGCUUCAACACUUGUAAGGAAAGGUGCAAGGGUGGAUGCGAGAGACUCUUUUGGUUUCUCUCCUCUCCAUUUUGCAUGUUUGAACGGGGAUGCUAAGAUUAUCAGACUGCUGGUGCAAUGCAAAGCAAACAUUCAGGUCGAGGCCAUGAACGGGUCGACUCCACGGGAUUUGUUCAUUGCUAACCAUGAUACUGAUGACGAGAGAUACGAGGAUUACUUGAACGAAGUGCUGGAUGUUCUGGAUGUCGACAGCAGUGAAGAGCACUCGACAAGCAUGGGAAGAAAGCUUUCCGACAGUAGUUUCCAAUCUUCUGUCUUCGACGCAGGUUCGCUAGCGUCUCUGAACGACAAUCUACAGGUCCAUAUUUCGAAGAUGACCGAGGACACACUUUCUGACGACGACAGGGAUAUUGAGGAUUACGAAGAGGAUGGCGACGACGGUCUUCUGGGCGAUGACGAAGAAUCCAUUGCAACUGGGAAUGCCAGUUGCACACCCCGCGAACCCUCACCGGCGUCUAUAGACAGCGAAUCCAGGCAACUAAGCGAACAACGGCUUUUGGAUCAACCUCACAGCGGCCAGGUCAGCACAACCAGUGUCAACCACACCAAUUCGACGGAAAAUUCCAUUUGGAAUCGCAUGCUGAGCGCACUAAAUGAUGAGCUACCAAAAUACGAGGAUCUUUUCCCCAGCCCUGGCAAGGAGAAACACAUUGGGGUUUUGCAGAACAGCACGCCCGAACCAGAGGAGCAUCUCUUGGGCUUGUCAUCCAGCGCAGUUGAAGAUUCGCAGGCAUCAUCGGAGGACGAGGAAGAUGCGUUGCAAGCACGUCUCAAUCGGUUUUUCCAGCAAAGACAGAAUUUCCAGAACGAUAAGAUGCUCUUAUUCUUCUGGUUACCUCUCACCAUCAUUCUACUGUCUUCAUUCUUGAUUUACGAGUUUGGCCAUGACGGAAACACCGUGCAUCACUGGUCAGAGGCCUUGUCCGAAUAUUUACGCGAAGGGCUCGUAAAAGUCAUGUUGGGGAACCAACGCGUCAAAGGGGUUUUUAAAGGUUCACUAAACAGCCUUCAAUCAGGAAUAAUAGAGGGUGCCAGCUAG